CACAUGUUGUUUUUUUUUGGAAAAAUUUUUUCCGAAUUUUCACCUUUUUUCAUCUCAAAUGGUGAUUGCUUUGGUGGAGUAAAUAUUUAAAAAAAUCCUCUGAUUCAGAAGUCAUUUUUCAGAGCUUCCUAAACUAUAUUCAUCAUGACCAAGAAAAAAGCUACCAAGAAAGUAAAAUCCAAAACCAGCGGUGUAAAGCAACGUAACCGACUGCGGAAUAAAGGAAAACUCAAAACGAAGAAACAUGUAUCAAAAAGUGCUUUCAUGGCUCUUCAAAACAAACAGACGUUACCGGUUACCCAGCCUCAAGAACAUACACCCGAAGAUGUCGCUGAUAUGUUGGAUAAAGACUACGAAUGGACUAAACCGUCUUAUAUGCGAGAAUAUAACACCAAGAUGUUAUUACCGAUUAAAACUAAGCAGGGUUUAGAACGUCGUUUCACUGAUGUAACCGAUGAACCUGAGGAUGAAGAAGAAGAACCAAUUGAGAAGGAGGAGAAGCGUCCAGCAAGUGGGUUAGAAGAUGACGAGAUUACGUGGUCAAAUGAGUUAGUUGGUAAUGAAGAAUUAGAUCUUGACGAGCCUGUCAGCGUAGCAAAAAUUUACGCUAAACGAGAACAACUCGUGAAUAAAUAUAAAUUUCGAAUUGGAUUAUUGUCGAGUACCCUUUUAGAAAAUCCUGAAAUGAAGAUCGAAAAUUUAGAUUCUCUAUUAGAAAUAAUGAGCAGUAAAGAUCCAGAAGUACAACUUACUGUGAAAAAAUUAGUAACUUUAUCGCUUUUAGAAAUCUUCAAAGAUUUAAUUCCAGCGUAUCAAAUUAAACAUCAAGACGUUCCUUUGAAAAAAUUGAAAAAAAUUACACAGCAGUUGGUUGGUUACGAAGGUCAAUUACUCAAAGGAUACCAAGCAUUUUUAGUUAAUUUGGAAGCCAUAGCUCAAUGUCUACGUAAGAAGAAAGGCGACAACAGAGUAGUUACUCCUCCGGAGAAAAAAUUAGGAAUAUUAGCGGUGAAAUGUUUGAGCGAAUUAUUAGAAACGCAUCCUUAUUUCAAUUAUGCCGAUAAUAUUGUUCAUUUGCUGACGAUGUAUUUGGAUAAUCCGGACGAAGAAGUACGAAAAAUAGUCGAAGAAUGUUACAAACGAGUAUUUCAUCAAGAUAAACGUGGAUUGAUUUCUUUAUCGAUCGUUCGACGUAUCAAUUACUUGGUGAAAACUAGAGCACAUUGCGUUCAUUGCGAAGCUCUCGCCGUCCUUUUAGCCUUAAGGAUAAAAAAUGUUAAUCUAGAUGACGAGAAAGAAGAAGAAAUAAAGAACAAACAACUGCAAAAUAAACGUCAAAGGGUUCUGAGUUUAUCAAAAAAAGAACGCAAAAGAAAGAAAGAGCUCGCUAAAUUGGAUAAAGAAAUGCUCGAAGCUGAAGCCGAAGAAAAUAAGAAAAGUAAACAGCAACAUAUGACCGAGAUCGUAAAAAUGGUAUUCCUAAUUUACUUCAGAAUUCUUAAACGAGCUCCUAGAUCUAAUCUGUUGAGCAUUACCCUGGAAGGAGUUGCCAAAUUCGCUCACUGUAUUAAUUUAGAAUAUUACCAAGAUUUAGUCAACGUAUUAGAUCAGUUACUAACUAAAGGCAAUCUGAAUAUUCGAGAACAGCUUUAUUGUAUUAAAACCGUGUUCAUAAUUCUUUCCGGACAAGAAAACAUGAUAAAUAUCGAUCCUUUAUACUUCUACAGUCAUUUAUAUCGAGUAAUGUUGGAAAUCCACGCAGGCAAAACGUACGAAAGUAUCGAAACUCUACUCUCAACUUUAGAAGCUGUCUUGGUCCAUAAACGUAAACAAAUCACUACUCAGAGGAUGCUUUCGUUUACCAAACGAUUAGCAACGUUAGCUUUACAAGUACUCCAUAACGGGUCCUUAGGCGCUCUAUCUAUCGUCAAGUCUGUCGUUCAGUUAACCAAAGCCGCAGAUUUAUUACUCGAUGUCGAAUGUAAUUACGGACAAGGAGUUUAUAACCCAGAGCUGAACGAACCUGAGUAUUGUAACGCUGGAAAUACAGCUAUGUGGGAACUUUGCGCUUUACGAAGACAUUACCAUCCUACUACUCGUAAACUAAGUAUUCACGUUUGUAACGGAGCUCCUACUUUAGGAGAAGGUAGCCUACCCGCUGAAUUAUCAAAGCUAACUUCUACCAAUUUCUGCGACCAGUAUGAUCCAACGAACGUUGCAUUCAAACCAUCCAUUCCAGCACCGAAUAAAAAACCAAAACAAACUCGUAACGUAAUUUUGAAAAACGAUUUUAUUAAAGAAUGCGAUACGUUUUUAAAUAAUACAGAAAAUAAUGUAGAUUUUUCGACUAUUUUUAAAUAAUAAAUUUCACUAUUUGAAUUUUUAUA